AUGAUAAUUAAGUUGCAUGGGGAGAAAUCUGCUGUUUUGGCGUGUUUUGCUGCAUUGUUAAUAUUCACGUACUGGAUUUCAUUAGCACGAUGGCUUUCCUCAAAAUUGAAAACGUUUAUUUACUGGAAAUUUCGAAACGAAGAAGACGAAAGAAUCAGAGUCUUAGCAUUGGAAGUAAAGCAGGUGAAAGCUGAGUUAGAUCACAUUUCACCAACUGCUCAGUUUGCUGCUUAUUUCAAGAAGGAACGGUAUUUGAAAAAGUUACUGGAAGAAUUAAAUACAUUAACCUUCAAUCGUUUCAAAGUAUCUGGUAUUUUGUCGACUGUGUUGUUAAUUAUUUGUGGAAUAAUAGUGCAGUUAACGGCUAUACUGUUAAUGAUCUAUUCGCGCGGUGUCAUAAUUGGAUAUAUCAAUGCCAAUUUUUUCUGGCCAUUUAAUUGUCUGCUGUAUGCUCCAAAUUUUUCACCUCCAUAUAAUGCGAAUAAUAAUUACAGAGAAACACCAAUAACCCUUUUUGCAUUUCUAUCACUGAUAACGUUUGUUUGGAGAAAUGCAUUUUCAAAAUUACGCAACAAAAAAGGAUUGAAAAUAUGA